GGUGGCAGGAAUCUCUGGGAUCGACUGCUGUGGCUGAUCGAUUAUUUAUGUCUGUAUGUCAGAAGAAGGAGGCGGAGAAAGAGAGCAUCGAUCAGUCAGGUGACAGUGAGUCAUAGCAGAGUUUUUACCUGAAAUACCGCCUUUAAAACACAGUUUAUACCUGAAAUACUGCAGAAAACACAGUUUAUACCUGAAAUACCGCUUUUAAACACAGUUAAUACCUGAAAUACUGCCUUUAAAACAGUUUAUACCUGAAAUACUGCAGAAAAUACAGUUUAUACCUGAAAUACUGCAGAAAACAGUUUAUACCUGAAAUACUGCCUUUAAACAGUUUAUACCUGAAAUACCGCCUUUAAACACAGUUUAUACCUGAAAUGCUGCCUUUAAACAGUUUAUACCUGAAAUACUGCCUUUAAACACAGUUUAUACCUGAAAUGCUGCCUUUAAAAACAGUUUAUACCUGAAAUGCUGCCUUUAAAACACAGUUUAUACCUGAAAUGCUGCCUUUAAACACAGUUUAUACCUGAAAUGCUGCCUUUAAAACACAGUUUAUACCUGAAAUAUUGCCUUUAAAACACAGUUUAUACCUGAAAUACUGCCUUUAAGCACAGUUUAUACCUGAAAUACUGCCUUUAAAACACAGUUUAUACUUGAAAUACUGCCUUUAAGCACAGUUUAUACCUGAAAUACUGCCUUUAAACACAGUUUAUACCUAAAAUACUGCCUUUAAAAUACAGUUUAUACCUGAAAUGCUGCCUGUAAACACAGUUUAUACCUGAAAUGCUGCAUUUAAACACAGUUUAUACCUAAAAUACUGCCUUUAAACACAGUUUAUACCUAAAAUACUGCCUUUAAAAUACAGUUUAUACCUGAAAUACCGCCUUUAAACACAGUUUAUACCUAAAAUACUGCCUUUAAACACAGUUUAUACCUGAAAUACCGCCUUUAAACACAGUUUAUACCUGAAAUACUGCCUGUAAACAGUUUAUACCUGAAAUACUGCCUUUAAACACAGUUUAUACCUAAAAUACUGCCUUUAAAAUACAGUUUAUACCUGAAAUGCUGCCUUUAAACACAGUUUAUAGCUGAAAUACUGCCUUUAAAACACAGUUUAUACCUGAAAUACUGCCUUUAAACACAGUUUAUACCUGAAAUGCUGCAUUUAAACAGUUUAUACCUGAAAUGCUGCCUUUAAACACAGUUUAUACCUGAAAUACUGCCUUUAAAACACAGUUUAUACCUGAAAUACUGCCUUUAAACACAGUUUAUAGCUGAAAUACUGCCUUUAAAAACAGUUUAUACCUGAAAUACUGCUUUUAAACACAGUUUAUACCUGAAAUGCUGCCUUUAAACACAGUUUAUACCUGAAAUGCUGCCUUUAAAACACAGUUUUUACCUGAAAUACUGCCUUUAAGCACAGUUUAUACCUGCAAUACUGCCUUUAAAACACAGUUUAUACCUGAAAUACUGCCUUUAAAACACAGUUUAUACCUGAAAUACUGCCUUUAAACACAGUUUAUACCUGCAAUACUGCCUUUAAAACACAGUUUAUACCUGAAAUACUGCCUUUAAAACACAGUUUAUACCUGAAAUACUGCCUUUAAACACGGUGUGUGUUUGUCAGGAAGCAGCUCAGUGUGAAACAGACACACUAUAACAUACACAAACACACACAAAAUAAACACAAAACAACAAAAACAAACCUAAAGACACACAAACUAUAUUUUGUCAAAGUAUUCUGUCGGGCGGUACGGUGGUUCUGGUUCUGGUUUUGGUCUUCCUGUGUGGAGUCUCCAUGUUCUCCCUGCUGGGUUCUCCAGGUUCUCCAGCUCCAGUCCAAAGACCUGCUGAGGUUACCUGCUGGUUCUAAACUGUCUGUAGGUGUGAAUGUGAGUCUGGUUGUCUGACGGACCGUUACCUGUCCAGGUGAACCUGUGAUAGAACGUUACCUGUCCAGGUGAACCUGUGAUAGAACGUUACCUGUCCAGGUGAACCUUCCCCCUCAGCCAGCUGGGAGAGGCUCCGCCCCCUGAGGACAGGUGAUCCUCCUGGUGGUUCUGCAGGAAGCAGCUGUAGUUCUGAAGGUACAACAACAGGAAGUGGUUUGUGUUCUUCUCAGUGGACCGUUGGUUCCUCCUCUACUGGUUUGUUCUCCUGAUCCACAGCAGGUUCCUCCAUCCAUCUGUGUGCCAGCAGAGCUCUGGUUCUCCUCACAUGAAACCUCCAGAAGGAUCCUGGCCAGAUGUUGACCCUCCUCAGUUGGAUCUCAGCUGCUUCUGCUUGUUCUUCAUCAUGAAGGUCCAGGUCCAGCCUGAUCUGUGUGUUUGUUCUGACGGUGAAGUUCUGGUCCUCCUGUUCUCCAGGUUCAUGAUGAACUCUGAGUCUGACCUCCACUGUUACCACGGCAACAGCUCAGGCCAAAGCAGGAAGUGGAGCGAGGACAACAUGUUGGUUAGGCUGGUUAGAGCUGAUUGGCCGUAAUUUAUUAGAUCAUCCUCACAUUAGCGCUGCGUUUCCUGAGAGCAGCCGUGAUGUCAUCAACUGUCAUAUCUGGAGAAGGAGGAAGAGGAGGAGGGGGAGGAUGAGGAGAACGAAGACGAGGAGGAGGAGGAGGAUGAAGAGGAGGAGGAAGAGGAGGACGAAGAGGAGGAGGAGGAUGAAGAGGAGGAGGAGAACGAAGAGGAGGAGGAGGAUGACGAGGAGGAGGAAGAGGAGGACGAAGAGGAGGAGGAGGAUGAAGAGGAGGAGGAGGAGGAGAACGAAGAGGAGGAGGAUGAAGAGGAGGAGGAGGAUGACGAGGAGGAGGAGGACGACGACGAAGAGGAGGAGGAUGAAGGUGGGACACAGCGGCAGAUUGAGACUAAUAGCAGAAUGCUGAUGUGAUGUUCUCCAAUCAGAGGUGAUUACCGUCGUUCCGCGUCAGGAAUAAAAACACAUGAAGGUUAAAAACAUUUUGAUUCAUCUCACAGGUCAGGUUAUAAUUUCACUGCAGGACCUCCCAGAACCUCUCAGAACCUGCCAGAACCUCCUAGAACCUCUCAGGACCUCUCAGAACCUCCUAGAACCUCUCAGGACCUCCCAGAACCUCUCAGAACCUUCCAGAACCUCUCAGAACCUUCCAGAACCUCCCAGAAUCUUCCAGAACCUCUCAGAACUUUCCAGAACUUCUCAGAACCUUCCUGAACCUCUCAGAACCUUUCAGAACCUCUCAGGACCUCCCAGAACCUCUCAGAACCUUCCAGAACUUCCCAGAACCUUCCAGAAUCUCCCAGAAUUUUCCAGAACCUGUCAGAACCUUUCAGAACCUCCCAGAAUCUUUCAGAACCUCUCAGAACCUUCCAGAACCUCCUCUCUGCUGCUCUGCUUGCUGUUGGUUUGCUUGAAAUUAGAUCAUUCAACUGGCUGAGUGAUCUGAGGAGGUCCAGGUGUGAACAGGUAAUAGUUUAGACACCUGUCCAACCAACACCUGUCCUACCAACACCUAUCCAUCAACACCUGUCCAUCAACACCUGUCCUACCAACACCUAUCCAUCAACACCUGUCCAACCAACACCUGUCCAACCAACACCUGUCCAUCAGCACCUGUCCAUCAAUACCUAUCCAUCAACACCUGUCCUACCAACACCUAUCAUCAACACCUGUCCAACCAGCACCUGUCCAUCAACACCUGUCCUACCAACACCUGAAUCUUUGAAUCUUUGAAUCAGAUCUUCUGAUGAUCCACCACAGAUCUUCAGUCAUGUCCAAGGAUUGAGCUGGACCCUCUAAGACCUGGAUACUGAGCUCCUGCAGCCAGGUUCUACUGGUCUUGGAUGAGUUCUACUGGUCCUGGAUGAGUUCUACUGGUCCUGGAUGAGUUCUGCUGGUCCUGGAUGAGUUCUACUGGUGCUGGUUGUGUUCAAGGAGCAUUAUCUGGUAGAACAGCCAGUUUGACCUCGAUGGAACACUAGAAGGGAGCAUGUGGGUUUGAAGAAUGGAAUAAUACUUGGCAGAGUUCAAUGAGACACAACAACACCAGCAGCACCAUGAUACUGCCUCCACCAUGCCUGACAGUAGGUCCUGUACAUGCUGGAGAUGAUGCUUUUCCUGGCCUUCUGUAGCCUCACAUCAACAGGAGGAAGAUGAAGCUGGAAACUGGACUCAUCUGACCAUAGAAUCUUCUUCCAGUUCCUGUCUGUCCAGUUCUUGGGGCUAACCUCUGUCUCUGAUUGGUCAGGGGCUUCUUGACAGCCUCGUAGGACCUUCAGCCAUGAUCUAAAGUCUGGUUUGGUUUGACCUCUGCUGCUGAAGGUCCUGUCAUGUCUUCGGUGGUUUUCCUGAGGAUCAGGAUGAGGUCAUUUCCUGCUGUAGAAACUCUUGGACGUCCAAAUGUUGGUUUGUCUUCCAGCUGUUGGUUGGUCUGUAUUUCUGCUGAAGGACUGCAUCUACACUUCCUGGAUAUCUGGAGGCAGCUGGACCCUUCCUGGAUGAGAAUGUGGAUCUCCAGGAGUGUUUCCUGUGUUAGGUUCCUUGUUUGAGAACAUUUCUGUCUCUGGAGAACUUUCAGAUGUGCUGGUUUCAUAUAAACACAAAGCAACAACAACCGUGUCUUUGAUAAAACCUUCAUUAGUGGAUCACUGGAACCAGAAGGACCCGAAACUCUUGGUGGUUGUAGUACUAUUACUGCAGUACUGAAGCUCCGCCCCAAGCAGAUCAUGUGACCUCCAGUCUUUAAACCUCCUUCAUCUCUCAGAGACACAAACAGAGAAGAGCAUCAGGUUCCUGGUGGAGAAGCUGAGGAUUGUGGGAGUUGUGGUUCAGAUCAUUCUCGUUCUAACAGCAGUAGGAUGCUGGGCUCGGUGCUGCUCUGCUGCUGGUCCUUCAGCCUGCUCAGACUCUCCUCAUCUCUGGUCCAUGGAAACAUCCAGCUGGAUGAAGCUCCAGCCACCGGCCGCCGCCCCGACACCUCCUACCUGUCUGACAUGGAGAGAGGCCACGCCCCUGACCCCGCCCUCCUACCCGAGGACUCUGUGGAGGACCACUUCCUGCUGGAUGGAGGCUCCUAUGAUGAGGAUGCGUCUGCAGCGCUGCAGCUGCAGGGUCGUUCCAUGCGUUCUCCUCGGCGCUGCAUUCCUCACCAGCAGUCCUGUCUGGGAUACCCGCUGCCCUGCUGUGACCCCUGUGACACCUGCUACUGCCGCUUCUUCAAUGCCAUCUGCUACUGCCGCCGAGUCGGACACGCCUGUCCCCCCAGACGCACCUGAGUACUCAACUGAAGACUCACCUGAAGACUCACCUGACGACUCACCUGAUACCAGAAACAGUGAUGCUGCUGAUGGAAACAUGUCGAUGAUGUUUAAAUGUUUAAAUCUGAAAUAAAUACGUUUAAAACCCGA